AUGCCACCACAACCAGAUCCCAAGUUGAACUCUGCUCACGAGGAGCACCAGCACAGCAUCGACCAAGACCACGUCAAGAGCGCCGUGCUGCAGGAUCAGCUGAGACAUGCGGACCGGGCUUUGGCGCUCAUUGGCGACGGACAGGUCGAAUUGACUGACGAGGACAGUCGCCGCAUCCGCCGCAAGACGGACAAGGUCAUCUUGGCCAUCCUUGUCUGGGUCUACUUCUUGCAAAUCCUCGACAAGUCCGUGCUUGGGUACGGCGCGACCUACGGACUCAAGGAAGACACCCAUCUGACCGGCAACGAGUACUCGCUGGUUGGGUCCAUCGCCCCGAUUGCCCAGCUGGCAUGGCAGCCCUUUUCGUCCUUCCUGAUCGUCAAGGUGCCUCAUCGCAUCCUGAUGCCGACCCUCUGUCUGGGAUGGGGCAUUGCACAGGCCUCCAUGGCCGCCUGCCACAACUUUGGGAGCCUCAUGGCCGCUCGCUUCUUCCUGGGACUCUUCGAGGCCGGUUGCCUGCCGCUGUUUAGCAUCAUCACGAGCCAGUGGUACAGGCGCGCCGAGCAGCCGAUUCGCGUUGCCGCAUGGUACGGCACCAACGGAGCGGCAACCAUCAUCGCUGCCGCCUUGUCCUACGGCCUGGGCCACAUCAAGUCGGAUUUGCUCAAGGAGUGGCAAAUCAUCUUCCUCUUCGUUGGUCUCGUCACCAUCGUCUCGGCCCCCUUUGUAUACUGGAAGCUCGACAACGAUGUCUCAUCCGCCCGAUUCCUCACCGAGCACGAAAGGGCCCAGGCCAUUGAACGGCUUCGAGCGAACCAGACCGGUACCGGUUCCCGCGAGUUCAAGUGGCAACACCUUCUCGAGGCCGCCCUCGAGCCCAAGACCUACCUCUGGAUCGGCAUGGCGCUGCUGUUAAACGUUGGCGCCAGCGUCACCAACACCUUUGGUCCCCUUAUUCUCAACGGCCUGGUUUCCGACAAAUACAUGACCAGUCUGCUCAACAUGCCCUUUGGCGCCGUGCAAAUCAUCGUCAUCCUGCUGGCCAGUUUCUUGGCCCAAAAGGCACGUCUCAAGGGGGCCGUCCUGGUGGUCUUCAUGCUUCCCGUCGUAGCUGGCCUGGCCGUGCUCUACUCUGUUCCCCGCGGCCAAUCCGCCAAGCCCGCCCUGCUGGUCGGGUACUAUCUCCUUGCAUUCCUCUUUGGCGGGAACCCGCUCAUCGUGACCUGGAUUGUCGGCAACACGGCCGGUACCACCAAGAAGUCGGCCAUCAUGAGCGUGUACAACGCCGCCAGCUCGGCGGGCAACAUCAUCGGCCCGCUUCUCUUCAACGAGAAGGACGCGCCCGCCUACAAGCCCGGGCUCCGAGCCUGUCUGGCCAUCUUUGUGGCGCUCGUGGCCGUUGUCCUCAUCCAGUGGGCCAACUUGAUCCUGCUCAACAAGCUCCAAGAGAAGAAGCGUGUUCGAAACGGCAAGAAGGCCAAGAUGGUUGAUCAUUCGAUGCAAUCUACAUAUCACGCCAUGGGCGAGGAGAGCGAGGACGCCGUCGAGACUGCAGCUGGAACUGUAGAGUUUGCUGGCGAGGCACGUACAGGAGAGAAGGCGUUUAUGGAUCUCACAGACCGUCAGAACGAUGAGUUUAUCUACAUUUAUUAG